AUGGUACAACCAGUUGCAAGUGGUGUUUCUGAACACUCCACGCAUUUCUUCGACCCGGCAGAAGAUCUGUUCACGGACGACACUCCCUCUGCCAGCGGUCAGACGGAACCCGCACCCGGAGCCGCCGGUGACGCACAGCUGCAGCCUGCUGUCAUCGCGCCGCCACGUGCGCCUCCCUCCACCACGCCCAGGCAGCUGGUACGGCCGCCCGGACCGCGCCCACCACAGGCGCACCGGUCGCCCCCACCACAGCCGCCAGCGGACUACGUCACGCGCGCCGGCCGCCGCGUCCGAUUCAAACGGCCGUGCUGCGUCGCCAGCGCGCCACGACACCGAAACCGGCAGUCACGCGCCCGAGCCGCCGAACGCCUUCAGAAUUCGGCGCCCACGAGCCGCCGUCCGCUGUAG